AUGGAAAGAGUCUCUCCAGCCAAGCCACGAAGAGCCGCUAAGGCCUGUGCGUUUUGUAGACGGAGGAAAUUCCGUUGCGAUAAUGAAAAACCGACUUGUUCAAACUGCAAGACAUAUGCACAGGAUUGCGCCUACAUAACCAGGCCUGAGAAACCCAGGCCAACCAAAGCACGACUAUCACGACUAGAGGCAGAAAAUGAAGAACUCCGACGACAACUUGGACGCGCCGACACACAUUCAGAGGAUGGUGGCGAUUCCGUAGAAGCUGGUCCGUCUCAGCCACGACUGCCACGGCCAGAGAUAUCGAGUACAACCCCAAGCGCCGAUUGGUCUCACUCUGCUGUCUCGCGGAUCUUUAUCUCACCAAAUGGCGACUCAAGCUAUCAUGGGCUUACGAGCACGUUGUUUGAUGAUGCCCCAACUGAUCGACAUAGUCGCCCUCGGUCAGAUCCCCAGAUGCCGGUAGAGCACAUUCGAAAGCAGUUGAUGGGGGAAGCUGCCUACCAACGACAAUUGGAAGCAUUGAACAUGCGGCAAGGGAAGCUAGAUUUUGAUGGAGUCGAUCCCGAAUUAGGGAUGCAUCUCCUUUCUCUACAUUGGAACCGACAGCACCAUUCUUUCCUGAUCACAUACCGCCCAGCCUUUAUGCGGGACAUGGCCACCGGUGGUCCCUACUUCUCAAAACUCCUGUUAAACGCGAUUUACUUUGGCGCAUCAAAAUUCAGCAAUCGUCCCGAGGUUCGCCGAGAUCCCGAUGAUGUUCGAACAGCGGGAUGGACAUUCCGCCUGCGAGUGAAGGAGCUGCUUGGCAGUGCUUUGGACCGAAGCGAAAUUACCACAAUUCAAGCGUUGUUGGUAAUGACAAGCUCGUUGUUCGCAUUGGGUGAUGAGCGCAGUGCUGCGUGGCUCUAUGCUGGUACGGCCUUUCGAAUGAUCAUUGAUUUGGGCAUGCACGUUGAUGCUACAAUGCUGAGCAACAUGCGUCGCCUCUCCGAUGAAGAUAUAGAAAUACGUCGUCGGGUGUUCUGGGGUGCCUUUGUCGUUGAUAAGAUUCAAUCGCUGUACCAGGGUCGUCCUGCAAGUUUGCAGGACUUCGACACGAAAGUCUCCAUGACAUUUUUGGACCAUUACGAGGAACUUGAGCACUGGCAGCCUUUUGCCUAUACAGAUGUGCAGUCAUAUCCAGGCUCACCUGCAUAUAGUGUCUCAACCUUUACGGAGCUUUGUAAGUUGUCAUUGAUCCUGAACGGUAUAUUAAACAAAGUCUACUCCGAGCGAAGUUCAAAUCGAUCAUCCCAGGAACUAGUCACUACCUUGAAUGACAUGAAUGAACAGCUCAAAGGAUGGCAUGAUGCACUGCCAGAGCAUCUAAAAUUUGGGAGUUCCACAACACAAAUUACCCCUCCCCCCCAUGUUCUUUCUCUCUUGGCACUCUAUAAUGUGCUUCUUAUUCUUCUCCAUCGACCAUUCGUGGCGGAAGGGCAUCUCCAUACAACUGAUCCAUCAGUGGCUAUCAGCUCUUUCACUACCUGUACAACAGCAGCGGCUCGAAUAAUCUACAUUCUUCAAGCCUACGACUGCGCAUUCUCUAUUCGGCGUGCCCCAUACUUGAUUUCAUACGCAACCUAUGUCGCUGCAACAAUCUACGUUCGAGUUGCCGCCCAGAAAAAAGACGGUAGUAGGGCGCAUUCAAAUCUUCGCAUAUGCCUUGACAUUUUUCAAAAGAACCAAGCAACAAACUGGGCCGUUCGUCGGGCAAAGAAUGUGAUUUUGCAUUUAAUGGACCGUAUGGGGGUCGAUCUCAGCAGUCAUCACCCAGAACGAAAUCAGACUCAAUCCCAUUACAACAUUGACGGUGAAAUGGGUGAUUUGGAACACAUAGUUGCCGUCAAUGCAGGGGGUCUUAUACCUGCUACUUCACCUAGUCAGAUGACGCCUCCAGAGGCGGAGGCAUCCGAGUUGGAUAUGGACAUGAUUAUCCAGAGCUUCAUCCGACAGCAAACAAGGCCAAAUGAAGGUCAGAUGCUGGACCAGUCCAGCUAUAAUUCUUUGCCUGGUCCUACAGUUCCACUUGCGACACCAGGUGUCUUCACGCCUUCUCUUGUCUCGGCAUACAAUGAUGCAUAUUUUGAAUCCCAUUGCGAUGACGAUAUGCUCUUUGGUUUCAAUGGGUCUGUGCAAGAUAGUAUAUUGUAUCAAUAG